ACAGCUCAAACUGAUCCAAAGAUCAAAGAUUCUUAAAGCCACUUGAAACUAAAAAUGGCUCCACAAAAAUUCAUCAGAAAUGACAUGACAAGUUUACCUCGGCUCGUAGAAGAGUAUCUCUCUAUGUUGAAGGAAACAUACGAGGGAACGGGAUUGCACCUAGCCACGCAACAAGGGAACGAGGUAUAUGCAAAGAAGAUAAUCGAGCUCUGCCCUUCCUUGGUCAGUUCCACCAACUCCAAAGGUGACACUCCUCUUCAUGUUGCUGCUCGUUUGGGAUACACAAGCAUCUUUAUUUGGAUGUUAGAAUCCACAAAAUUGCAUAACGCAUGCGAGCAAAAAACCCUACAUGAUCCAGAACUUGCAGAAAUAAUGAAUAAUGAUGGCUUUACACCAUUGCAUUGUGCGGCAAUGAAGGGUUCUGUUGAAAUCCUUAAGGAAUUUCUCAAUAGGGCUCCCUCUUCUUUCUACACAGUCACAUUAGAAAAGAGAGAAACUGUGUUUCAUAUAGCUGCGAGACACAAGAAGAACGAAGCCUUCAUCUUAAUGGCGAAGAGUGACAACUUAGGCCAACUUCUCUACCAGCUUGACGUAGACGGCAACACUGUGCUUCACGUUGCCGCCUCCGUAGGCUCUAUUUCGCUGGUAAACUAUAUAAUGGAGGAGACAAACGUAAAAGUCACCACCAAGAACAAGAAGGGUUUUGUAGCGGUUGACCUUCUCAACGAAGAGGAUGAAGAUUUCCUUCAGCUAUCUAAAGCUCUGAUGUGCAGUCAGGAAAUGUUAAUUGAACACUCUUCAAGUCCUAGAGAGAUGGGAAACAAACAAGCCGAUGACAUGAUGAAGAAGCUCCAGAAGGAGAUUCUAAGAGUUCAAAUUAGUGAUAAUCCAAACAAAAAAUUUGAGCUCCAGAAGGAGAUUCUAAGAGUUCAAAGUAGUUAUAAUCCAAACAAAAAAUUUGAGAUGCAAUUGGAGGCUUUGCAAAGCGCUAGGAAUACUCUCACCAUUGUAGCGGUCUUGAUUGCAUCUGUCACUUUCACAUGCGGUUUAAACCCACCUGGUGGGGUCUAUCAGGAAGGAUACUCCAUCGGGAAAUCAACCGCGGGGAAAACCAUAGCUUUCAUGAUCUUCUGGAUAAGCAAUAGCAUCGCAUUGUUUACUUCAGUGAGUAUGGUCAUUCUUCUCCUCAGCAUUAUACCGUACAGGGAGGACUCGCUUUUAAAGUUCUUGGUUAUAGCUCAUUGGAUGAUGUGGGUGGCUGUAGCAGCCAUGGGAAGUGCUUAUGUCUCCGCGGCAUUGGUAACUUUACCUCAUUUUGGUGAAACCAAUUGGUUAAUCUAUGCCACUGUUGCUAUUGCUAGCUUGACGCUAGGCGGUUUGUUUGUUUAUCUACGGUUUAAGCUGGCUACAUGCAUGUUUAGGAAGGUUAAGCUUUUUAAAUGCUUGUCUACUCUGCCAGUACGCAAGACUGGAUACGUAGACAUGGCAGCCAAUAUCGAAAAAGGCUAUUACAGUUACUGAUGAAUUCAUAUUUAAUAGGAAUCCAAGUUGUAUGUUUUUAAUAAGUGACUGAUGUUUAUAAUCUCCAAUGUUCAAAUUCGGAUGACAUAUGAAAUGUUGUGAGAAAAACAAAAAUGUUUUCACAUAAUGCAUGUUAUUUGACCCCAAAACUGAACACGCAAUAAUUUUGAGUUUUCAUGCAAGAUAUUAGAUUGAUAGUUGUACCUAAGGCCGUAGAACUAGGCCAUAAAAGUUUCCAUAGAUAGCAUAAACUGAAGCAUGCAAAACUUACAAAUGCAAGGAAGAAAAAGACGAGAAUUUGGAAAUUCAAAUUACUCCCUUUUCGCAUAAAAAAGAGAUUUUGGAUGGGGCGAAUAGAAUAACUGACCAAAAAUGGGUCGGUAUCGAUAUCAGGCAGGACAUUAGUCCUCAAAAGUAAAUUUUGAAGUUGAAGCUCCAAUGUCUUUGUUCACAGACAUUAUUUAGAGGUAAAGCUAUGUCAUUCUUGUAACCACCAAACCAAACAGCUCCUUCUCAUCUAUAAGUUAACAUAUGUGUGUUGCCUUUGCUUUGACUUGUCUCUCUCUCUCUCUCUCUCCAACUUCUCUCCUUCAUAAAGCCAAAUUCUAAAUUAAAAUCUACAAACCAAACCGAAGACCUAUACCGAAAUGUACCAUACAGAAACCUGACUAUCGGAUAAUCCAACAACCAUAUGUUGAACUACUUAACAACAUUCCGGUUUAUAAAAAUUAUGAGAUUCAUUUUCUUGAUUCAGCUACUUAACCGAGUGGUAUUUCUGAGUAAACCGGAAACCCCCCCCAAAUAAACCGUAUUCUUUCUACCUGUAACACACACACUAUCUCAUUUUCUUCACAUGGAACAUCAGGUGCCAUUAAUAACCUAAACACAAAGCAAGGUUAGGUAAAUGAAACAGACCCUUUUUAAUAAUCAUAACACAUACAUAACAAAUAUAAGAUCUAUUUUCCCUCUUCGGACAUCCAUCUCCUUUUAGACAAAACUAAGAAAUAGG